AUGUCGUCCAAGCACGAAGACGACGCACACGUCGAAGAGGUGGAGCUCGAGGUGAAGGACGGAGACAAGUCGUCCGUGGAGCUCGUGACCGUGGAGGAGCAAGAGGAGUUCUUGCGCGUGCUGAAGCAGCUGAACUUGGUAUCGGCCCCGCCAGCGCCCAAGAAGGCCGAGUCGGAGUACAAGUUUUGGAAGACCCAGCCUGUGCCGAGCAUCACAGAAAACCCCGUGGACCACGCUCCCAUCGAUAGCAUCAAGACAGUCGACGAUGUGCGCGCCACGCCAUUCAAGCUCCCUGCCGGCUUUGGCUGGUACGACUUGGACCUGACCGACGGCACGGAAACCAAGGAGGUGUACGACUUGCUGUGCCAAAACUACGUCGAGGACGACGACAACAUGUUCCGGUUCGACUACUCGAUCGAGUUUCUCCAGUGGGUGCUAACGUCCCCGGGGUACCACAAGUCGUGGCACGUGGGCGUGCGCAAUGACAAGACGGGCAAACUCAUGGCGUUCAUCAGCGGCAUCCCGACCAAGAUCAAGGUGUACGAGAACUUGAUGCCCAUGGCCGAGAUCAACUACCUGUGCGUGCACAAGAAGCUCCGGUCGAAGCGGUUGGCGCCGGUGCUGAUCAAGGAGAUCACGCGCCGGGUCAACCUAUUGGACGUGUGGCAAGCCGUGUACACGGCGGGCGUCGUGCUGCCGAUGCCCGUGUCCACAUGCCGGUACUACCACCGCAACUUGAACCCGAAGAAGUUGAUUGAUGUCGGGUUUUCCCAGUUGCCACCCAACAUGUCGAUGACUCGCACGAUCAAGAUGUUCAAGCUUCCGGACGAGCAUGACCUGGCCAACUUUGGGCCGAUGCAGCCCAAGCAUGUGUCAUGCGUCACGGGACUUCUCCGCCGGUUCCAGAAGAAAUUUGACCUCAAGGCCGACAUGAACGAGAGCGAAGUCGCCCACUGGCUGCUGCCGCGCGCCGGCGUUGUCAACACGUACGUGGUGGAGGACCCGCUGUCGCACAAAGUGACCGACUUCUGCUCGUUCUACCACCUGCCCAGCACCAUCAUCGGCAACACGACGCACAAGACGCUGUUCGCUGCGUACUCGUUCUACAACGUCGCGACCACCGUGCCCCUCACGCGCCUCAUGCACAACUGUCUGAUCAUGGCCAAGGCGGCCAAUUUGGACGUGUUCAACGCUCUCAACUUGAUGGAGAACUCCGAGUUCCUCGACGAACUCAAGUUCGGCAUGGGCAGCGGUGAGCUCCAGUACUAUUUGUACAACUGGCGCUGCCCCCGCAUGCCCCACAACAAGGUCGGGCUCGUGCUGCAGUAG